GAAAACGCGAGACAAUAAAGUAGACUCAAUGCAAAGCGAAAAUGUUGGUGAAGCUAAUGGAUGGGCGAUGGGAGGUGACGUAUUUUGUUCAUGACCACAAUCAUCCGCUGGUGAACAAACCUUCAUUGUCCAAAUACUUGAGAUCCCACCAAGGCAUCUCUCCUGAUGAAAAGGAGUUUUUGCGCAUCUUGUAUAACUGCAACUUGACUACAGGACGUAUGAUGCAUGUAAUGGCAGAGUUCUAUGGAUCUGAGAUGAUGGUGCCAUUCGGACCAAAGGCAAUAACAAAUCUGUGUACAAGUUUCCGUAGAGAUGACACAAAGGAGGGUGAUCUGAUUGAGACAAUUGCGCACUUCAAGGAUAUACAAAAAACUGAUCCAGACUUCUUCUAUAAGGUGAAAUAUGAUGAAGAGGACAGAGUUGUCAACAUAUUUUGGGUGGAUGGCUUAGCUCGAAAAGCUUAUACGGAGGCGUACCACGAUUGCAUAUUGUUUGACACCACCUACAUGACCAACAUGUACAAUAUGCCAUUCGCGCCCUUCAUAGGAAUAAACCGACAUGGCCAAUCUUUCAUGCUGGGUUGCGCAUUUGUGAGGCAGGAGUUGGCAUCGAGCUUUGAUUGGGUCUUUGGAGCAUUCCUAGAGGCUAUGGAUGGCAAACCUCCUGACAACUUCAUCACUGAUCAGGAUGGUGCAAUGAGGCAGUCAAUACAGAGCAUCUUUCCAACCACCGUGCACCGUUGUUGUCGAUGGCACAUCAUGAAAAAGGCUCAGGAAAAAGUUGGUUGGCUGUUGUGCCGGAAUCCAGGACUCUCUGAUGAUUUCAACAAGUGUGUUGACUUCAGCUUCACUAUAGACGAGUUUGAACAGAAUUGGGUUGGGUUAAUGAUGAAGUACGAGGCUAUGACACACACGCACUUUGAGAAGUUGUACGAAUACAGGUCAACUUGGGUGCCAUGCUACUUCAAACACAGGUUCUUCCCCUUCCUACAGUCUACACAGCGUAGUGAGGGGUUCAACGCCGUCCUAAAAAGAUAUGUGAACCCACACAACUCAAUGCUGAACUUCGUCAAGCAAUAUGAAAAAAUCCAGAACCACAUCCUUGCCAAGGAAGGCUGCAAUGAUUACAGGACAGAACACCUUGAGAUUGAGCUGUGGUCCAACUUCCCAAUAGAGAAGCAAGCUUACAAAACCUAUACUAGGGACCUUUACCGCAAGUUCAGAGAAGAAUUUGAGCUGAUUGGACAUUAUAAUGCAUUCCAAGUUGGUGCUGAUAUAUUUGAGCUCAAAUCGAACCAGGAAUUUGUUGCCAAAUAUGGUUCUCGAAACUACUUGGCGCAAGCAAGGGUGGGGGAGGGUUCCUAUUUGUGUGAGUGCUGUAAAAUGGACAAGGACGGCAUCCUAUGUUGCCACAUCCUCAAGGUGUUCACCCAUAUUGGAGUUUAUGUCAUACCGGAAAGGUACCUGCUAAGACGGUGGACACCUACUGCUGUACCUAGUGCGCCAGGGACUCGUUAUGAGCAACCAGAUGAAAUGCCUCCUCAAUCAAAGAAGCAGAUAAGGGAGAGGAACAUGAUACGAUUUUCGGAAACUAGCAAAGUUUGCAAGUGGUUCUGA